UCUGGCGGAGCAGGAAAGAAAAAGCUCGCCCGGCAGGGUGUGGCCUCGGGAGGCGGAGGGCGCUGCGAUUGGCCCUCGGCUGUGGCGACCGUGACGAUUGGUCCCUGCUUGCAGGGAGAGGUGAGAGGGUAUCGGCGGUUGGAAUUCAAAAGUAGCGGGUGUGGCGACAGGCUGGUGUCGCCGGAGCCAGGAGCGCGCGUGGUCUGCGUCGCAAGCGGGCUAGAGAACGCGGAUCCCGGGAUCCCCAGUGCCCUGUCUCUCCUCCAUUGCGUUUUCCUGGCGGUGUGGCACGCAGCUGGACAUGGAGCUGCAGGAGAGGUCCCCCUUGCUAGAAGUAAAGGGGAACAGAGAGCUGAAGAGACCCCUGGUCAAGGUCCCUUCCCAGUUGCCUCUUCCUGGAAGCAGGUUUAAGAGGGGGACUAAUCAGAUGGAGGAUGCCUUGGAGCCAGAGAAGAAAAGGGUACGAGGCCUGGGCACAGCGACCAAAAUUGACACAUCCCACCCCAAAGCACCAGUUCUCACCACAGUGCCACAGACACGAGGCCAGACUGCAGCUCCAAAAGGUCCCAAGAAAAUAGGACCCCGAUGUUCCACAGCUAUUGCUACAGUGUUGAAGAAUCAGAAGCCAGGCCCUGCUCUUCCUGCCCAGAAGCCUGGCACAGCAGCUGCUCCUCCCAUGCUGGGAGGGAAAAAACCAACCAAACGUCCAGCCUGGGACUUAAAGGGUCGGUUAUGUGACCUAAAUGCAGAGCUGAAAUGCUGCCAUGAGAAGACUCAGAUGUUGGGCCAGGAGAACCAACAGCUGUGGAGCCAGCUUAGGGAGGCCCAGCAACAGGCCACAGCCCUGGGGGCAGAGCGCAGGACACUGCAAGAGGAGUUGACCAGGGUGCGGGCCCAGGCGGAACAGGACCACCAGGAACUGGAGACCCUGCGUGCCCAUGUCCUAGAGCUGGAAGAGCAGCUGGGCACGCAGCAGGGCUUGGUGCGAGAGCUCCAGAAAGAACAGCUGGGAUUGCAGGAGGAGCAGCGAGGCCUGGCCACCCGGCUAGAGGAGCAAGAGAGGAAGCUGCAGGCAUCAGAAUCAGCUCUGUCAGAGAGCCAAGCAGAGGUGGCAUCUUUGCGCUGUGAGGCUGCAGCCCAGGUAGCCUUACUGGGUGAGCAGGGAGAACGUCUCCAUGGGCUAGAGAUGGAGCGCCGGCGACUACACAACCAGCUACAGGAACUCAAAGGCAACAUCCGUGUGUUCUGCCGGGUCCGCCCUGUUCUUCCAGGGGAGCCCACUCCACCCUCUGGCUUCCUCCUGUUUCCCUUGGGCCAUGGUGGGCCCUCUGAUCCUCCAACCCGCCUCAGCCUCUCCCGGUCUGAUGAGCGUCGUGGGACCCUGAGUGGGGCACCAGCCCCCACUACCCGCCAUGACUUCUCCUUUGACCGGGUAUUCCCACCAGGGAGUGGACAGGACAAAGUGUUUGAGGAGAUUGCAAUGCUUGUCCAGUCAGCCCUGGAUGGUUACCCAGUAUGCAUCUUUGCCUAUGGCCAGACAGGCAGCGGCAAGACCUUCACAAUGGAGGGUGGGCCUGGGGGAGACCCCCAGGUGGCGGGGCUGAUCCCUCGGGCCCUGCGGCACCUCUUCUCUGUGGCCCAGGAGCUGGGCUGCCAGGGCUGGACCUACCAUUUUGUGGCAAGCUAUGUGGAGAUCUACAAUGAGACUGUCAGAGACCUGCUGGCCACUGGGACCCGGAAGGGCCAGGGGGGUGAGUGUGAGAUUCGCCGCGCAGGACCAGGGAGCGAGGAGCUUACUGUCACCAAUGCCCGCUAUGUACCUGUCUCCUGCGAGAAAGAGGUGGAGGCGCUGCUCCAUCUGGCCCGCCAGAACCGGGCUGUGGCCCGCACAGCUCAGAAUGAGCGGUCAUCACGCAGUCACAGUGUGUUCCAGCUGCGGAUCUCUGGGGAGCAUGCUGGGCGAGGCCUGCAGUGUGGGGCCCCCCUCAGUCUUGUGGACCUAGCUGGGAGUGAGCGGCUAGACCCUGGCUUAGCCCUCGGCCCUGGAGAGCGGGAACGCCUUCGGGAAACACAGGCCAUUAACAGCAGCCUAUCCACGCUGGGGCUGGUCUUCAUGGCAUUGAGCAACAAGGAGUCUCAUGUGCCUUACCGCAAUAGCAAGCUCACCUACCUGCUGCAGAACUCUCUGGGAGGCAGUGCUAAGAUGCUCAUGUUUGUGAAUAUUUCACCCCUAGAAGAGAACGUCUCUGAGUCCCUCAACUCCCUACGGUUUGCCUCUAAGGUGAACCAGUGUGUUAUUGGUACUGCCCAGGCCAACAAGAAAUGAAGACAGAUCCAGAUCCUCGUGGGUGUGUUGUGGUGUAGGGGUAGGGAGGCUGAGGGAUGCUCUAGUAGGAUUGGGGGGGGGUGAUGUUACCUGGGCCUAUCAAAUAAAGAAUUUUUUUUAAAAA